AUGUGUUCCACCGAAGAUUACCCAAAUCCUACAAAUGAAUCAGAAACCAGUUUCUCAGAAGUUAUCGAGGAUUUUACUAGUUUUACCCACGAGGAUAAUAAACGAAAUCCGUCUUCUUUAUCAUACCUGAUCCCUUCUAGUUGUGGGAAUUCCUUACCCAUCAAAAGUGGGUGACUUCGUAAGCGCACCAGUGGUUUGAUCCACAGAUGGGUAAAACGAUUUUUCGCUCUAAGAAAUAAAGUUUUAACUUAUUGCUAUGCUGAAUCUGACAAAAAAUUUGCAGGAAUAAUCAAUUUUGACCUAGUCACUUCUGAAAUCCAAGUGAAUUCAAAUAUCAUAACGCUCACAGCUAUUGGAUGCAAGAAAUUAUUAAUUCUUAAAGCAGACAGUGAAAAAUCUGCAAAUUCUUGGGCGAAUGCAAUAUCUCUCCACAUCCAAAGCUCACAAGGCCAAAAAGUGAAUUUACCAGUAUCAAGUAAAAACUUUUGAAAAUUCGGAAGAAUCUCAGAAAAGCAGUUUCUAUCGGUCGCCUCAACAGGAGAUAUUUUGCUAUUCAAAGCAAAUAAUUUUGUUUCUAAAAUGCAAAGGGUCAUUACGCAUAGCGAAUAUGACCAUGUUGCGAUUAUUUUGAAAUAUACGUCAGGAAGAAUUGGGAUUUUAGAAGCGACUUCUGAAGACGGGGUCUCUGUAGUUAUGUGGGAUGAUUUUAAAUAUUAUCGUUAUUUGCAGAUUUUUGAACUUUACCACCUAAGUGUGGAAUUUUUUCCUCAUGCGAAAAGGUGAUUUCACGUGUGGAGCCCUUUUGAUUCACACCUCUUUUCACACGCGGAAAAAAUUCCACACGUAGGUGGUAAAGUUCAAAAAUCUGCAAAUAACGAUAUAAUAAGUUACCAUAAAUAAUAGAAAAUUUUUAAAAAAAAUAAUUAUAUAUAGGAAGCCUGUAUACCAAUUUCACAAACUUUAUAAUAGACUCGUAUAUAGGCAGCUGCAUACAGAGAGAAGCAAUGAGAUGCUUAUGGAGGUUGAAAGUUUCAUUAAAGCUGUCAAAGGGAAGAAGUACAAUAUUUCACCAAGAAAAUUGAUAAGGAACAAAGAAGAUAACAGUAAGCAGCAAGGAUUUUUCUGCUCAGAGCUGGUUGCUGCUGCUUAUAAAUCUAUUGGGUUGCUGCCAGAAAAGCCGCCAGCAAGCAAAUAUUGGCCAGGAGAUUUUUCAGAAAAGAAAAAAAUACAGCUGCUAAAAGGAGCGAGAUGUGGAGAAGAGCUUAUCAUUGAUUUUGACCUAGACUCAAGAGAUUAAUAUACAUUUUAGCUUAAAUGAAAGGUAAUAUAGCAAGCAUUUUUAUCAAAAUAAGAAUUUGUAUCGCAAUAUUUUAUAGUAUUAAGUCUUAAUAUUAUAUA